CCUACACCUUUUUUUAUCUAGCUAGGCUAUCGUGGUUCCCUGUGUUGCUCCAAACAAGUCAUCGGUACGGCACUUGAAGGCUUGAAGAAGACGACGUGCAGCUGCCUCAAUUCCCUCUUCAAUCUCCCCAUUCCAGGGUGGGUUCUCAAUCUUCUCUACAAUCCAUUACAAGCAGAGGCACUCACAAUCAACACGCUGCUAUUAGCCAGAUAGCACACUUCACAGCAGCUCGACAAAGCAAUGAAGGACAUUCCGGAAAAGACGUUUCCCAUGGCGGCUGAGGAGGGAUCGGAAUCCAUGGCAUCAGGGGAGGACUCCCCGGGUGAAGCAGGUGGUGGCGAGAAGCUCUCCAUUGCCAAGAAUGAAGACAAGGUUGUAUGGGCUCUGCGAAUCUUUACCACGCUGCUCCUGUUUGGAGUGGCAGUCACUGUUUGUGUCUUGGCGUACAAGAAUGCCCAAGGAGCCCAGGAAGAAGAUUUUAAACAAGGCUUCCAGGAAUAUAGCAGCAAACUCAUGUCCGGGGUGGAGUUUUAUGUCAAGAAUCGGGUUGGAAUCGUUGAGGGAUUCGCCAUGGACUUGUCAUACGCUGCCAAUGGUUCCUGGCCCUUCUACACACCUCCUGGAUAUGUUGUAAGGGCCGGCCAUGUUGCCAAAUUGGCAAAUUUUGUUGGUGUUUCGCUUGCCAUUAAAGUGGAAACUGACCAAAAGACGGCAUGGGAAGCCUAUGUUCAAGAACACAAGGGAUGGUUGGCAGAAGAACUGGCCCGACAACGAGGCAUUCCUGUGGAAGAGGUGAAGGGAAUAUUUAUUCCUCGUGUGAUCCUUGCCAUUAAGGAUGGCGUCCCUGGGCCAGACAUGGGGGAAGGACCUUACUUUCCAGCAUGGAUGAGCUAUCCUCCCAUGGCCUUUCCUCCGUUAAUCAAUAUCAAUAGCUAUGGAAACCCAGAGAUUGGACGACCAAUGAUUGAUGCUGCCCUCAAUAAAACCACCAUGCCUUUUUCAUUUUCAGAAGACUUUAUGGAUGAACCAGAUACCAAGCAUCCCGUUGCUCUAUUGGCAAGAGAAGCGCUCCCCGGAUAUGCUGGUGAACCAUUCUUCCAAUGGAGCUAUCCCGUCUAUGAUUCCUACACAACUUCCAGUGAGGAGGAGAGGAAUGUGGUAGCCUUGGUCCGAGGUGGGAGCACUUGGGAUGGUUACUUUGCAAACAUUCUACAAAGUGGAACACCAGGACUUUUCCUGGUUCUCGAAAACAAGUGCAACCAGACGUAUACUUUUGGGAUUGAAGGAGAAAGGGCCGUGGUGUUGGGCCGUGGAGAUCUUCAUGACCCCAAAUAUGAUGAUGUAGUAUUGACCAUGACAUUGGAUUCAAUGUGGGGCGAGCAAAAUGAAGAUGACAAUGAGGAGGAAUAUGGCAAGGCGGUCCCAGGUGUCACUGUUGGAGAUUGUCACUACCGUGUUCGAGUCUAUCCCACUCAAGAAUUUGAGGAUAGCUACUACACUAACGAGCCUCUUCUCUACACCCUGACUCUGGCAGCUGUCUUUCUAUUCACCUGCAUGGUGUUCCUUGCCUUUGACUUUUUCGUGGAGAGACGACAGAAAGCCGUACUGAAGUCAGCUCUUCAGUCAGGCAAGUUAGUGUCCACCCUCUUCCCUGAAGAAGUUCGGAAUCAACUUUAUAAAGAAGAAGAAGCAAAAGCCAAGGCGAAGCAAAAGGAAAAGGGAUGGCUCGCAGCUACCACCCCUGAUCCUGGUGCCGUUCUGGGUGGUGCCUCCGAAGGUAUCACCGCCAAACAAGCCAUUGCCAAUCUCUAUCCCGAAACCACCAUCUUCUUUUGUGACUUGGCAGGUUUCACCAAAUGGAGUUCCACUCGAACACCUGUGGAAGUAUUUGAACUUCUCGAGGCUCUCUAUGGGCAGUUUGAUUCAAUCGCUGCCAGGUACAAUGUCUUCAAAGUGGAAACCAUCGGAGAUUGUUAUGUGGCGGUACGUAACAGGUCUUCCAGAACCUCAACCCGACCAUGCGUUGAUCAUGACCAAAUUCUCUCGAUCCUGCAUGGCAAGACUUCAUGGGGUGCUGGCAUCUUUGGCUGACAAGCUGGGGGAGGAUACCCUCGGACUUCAAAUGAGGGUCGGGCUGCAUUCUGGGUCUGUUACUGCAGGUGUUGACAUACGCACGUCUAUGACGUGGCGCUUUAACGCUAGUUUUAAGUCUAAUCUCACAAUAUUCCGAUCGU